ACAAGGUACGGGCGGGGUUGAAGCUCUGGAUCUAGAAUUAAGGUGCAGGUCUGGAUCCAGUACAAGGGAGGCGGGACCGCGGCAGUUGAUGCUCCGGAUCCGCUGUGUGGGAGGGGCGCGUAUCCAGUCCAUUUAAUCGGCGUAGGGAGCGCCUGUUUUCGGGCCAGCUGUCGGCUGGAGCGCGGUGCUGGGUCCCAAGUCCUGCUGCGACCGGCCGGUCGGCCACCCUCCCCGGCCAUGGCGGCCGCCGUGCUGCGGGUGAAGCGGAAGCGCGGCGCCGAGGCAGCCGAGGCCUUGCUUCUGGCCUGCAAGCGGCCGCGGGCCGGCGGCGAGCCCGUCCCGGGGGAGCAGGUCGUGCGGACCCUCUUCAGGCUCGCCGGUACUGUCGGCUCCCAGGAUGACACCGUACAGAGGCACUUCAAAGAAGCCAUCUCCAAGGACAAGGCACUGCUGGCUCUUAAACCCUCUGGUACCAGCGCACAGCGUGUCCAGCUCAGUGUGCGAGCCUCUUGCCAGGCAGCCAGCCAGGAAGGCCGCUACAAAGUCAUUGCCAGCCACAGAAGAAAUCUUUUGAAAUCUCAGCUAGGUGAUGAGGAAUCUGGAACAGAAACCUCUGGAGCUCAGGCUGAAGAAGGAGAUAGCCAGAAGAAAAGCAGCACAUCUUCUGGAAGUAGCCAAGAUGAUAUUGGAUCUGCAGAGGAAAUUGAAGUGUUUGAUAUUGUCCAGCGUGAAGAGGACAAAGCCGACUUGGAGCACAGACGUUGCAAGGAUUCUGGUCCAGGGGAGGACGACCCGCAGACAAUUCUGUGUAAUUCUGUUAGGAUGAUCCGGGAGAAACUUACUCUGUCAGAUUGUGGACUUGGGGCACAGCACCGGGAGAAUAUGGAGGAGUACGUUUAUGACAUAUAUUAUACUGACGGCUACAUCAGCGGAGGUGGAAUCCAAGACAUCCUGUCAGUGGUGCCAUAUUAUGAAGAGCAUGAACUGAUUAACGAUGAGGUGAUUGCAGAUGAAACCUGUGAGGAUGAAGAUGAUGAGAAUGAAGAAAAUAAUUGGCGGAAUGAUUAUCCAGAUGAGGAUGACUGGAAUAGAGAAGAGGAUACGGAUGAAGAAGAUGGCCAUUCCUCCAGUGAAGAAGAGGAUUCAUUUAAUUUCUGACAUCAUUUCUCUCACUCCUAUCUCAAUAAAAAAUGGACACUGGAUCAAAAUUGGAGGACGGUUUCUGUAAAUGUUUUUUUUUGGAUUCAAAUGCAAUAAAAAUCAAAAUUUGCUUGAAUUC